CAAACAUCUGCAUUUCUUUUAGCACCGCUCCCAGGACCCUGCACUCACUAUAUCUGUUCCCCCCAGACCCUGCACUCACUAUAUCUGUUCCCCCCAGACCCUGCACUCACUAUAUCUGUUCCCCCCAGACCCUGCAUUCACUAUAUCCGGUCUCCCCGGACCCUGCACUCACUAUAUCUGGCCUCCCCGGACCCUGCAUUCACUAUAUCUGGUCUCCCCGGACCCUGCACUCACUAUAUCUGGUCUCCCCAGACCCUGCAUUCACUAUAUCUGGUCUCCCCGGACCCUGCAUUCACUAUAUCUGGUCUCCCCGGACCCUGCAUCCACUAUAUCUGGUCUCCCGGGACCCUGCAUUCACUAUAUCUGGUCUCCCGGACCCUGCAUUCACUAUAUCUGGUCUCCCCGGACCCUGCAUUCACUAUAUCUGGUCUACCCGGACCCUGCACUCACUAUAUCUGGUCUCCC